AUGGAGAGAGGGGCUUGCCAGAUUGAUGAUUGGGAGCAGUUUAAAACUGAGCUCAAACGACAGUUCUAUCCCCAGAACGUCGUCCACGAAGCCCGCAGGCGAUUGAGGGAGCUAAAGCAAACUUCCUCCAUCAGGGAUUAUGUUAAGGAAUUCACGAAGUUGACGCUUCAGAUUCCUAGUUUGACGAGUGAGGACUUGCUGUUCUAUUUCCUUGAGGGCCUGCAAAAUUUGGCCAAGCAGGAGCUGCAAAGGCGUCAAGUGCAUGACGUUGAUGAGGCGAUCGUAGUGGCGGAGUCGCUCAACGACUUCCGUGGUGAUGCUGCCAAGGGGAGGGAUAACAGGAGCAGAACUAUUCCUCCCAAAGUCGACAACAACAACAGGGGCCGUAGCAGACCAAAUACCAACCAGAGCAAUGACACGAGACCGCAAGAGGGGAGCUCCUCAGCGGGAAGGCUGUUAUAUCUGUGGAGAGACGACACAUGCCGCUCGGUACUGUCCGUCGUUGAGGAAGCUUAG